AUGCAGUUUUGUGAAUUUCUUUUGUUGAUUGAGGCGGUUACUAGCGAUAGAAGUAGAAAAGCAAGUUACACAACGAGAUCGCCCGAAGCCAAUAAUUAUUGGAGGAACCGCAAAGGUCACGCGCGUUUAUGCUCUAGAUUUGACUCAUCUCUUGUUGUAUUUUAUGGAAUUGUUUUCUUCCGACUCCGACAUUUCGAAAAAGAAAAUCGUUGUGCAUCUAUGUACAUACUAGUUGUUGUUCAUAUCACUUUGUUCUUUCUAAAGAACGACGACAUAAUCAUUAUUGGUAGGGAUAAGUACAUAUGUUUGAUACGCAUGUUGAUAGACCACAAAUACAUAUUAAUAUUUUGGCGUAUCAUGCAGUAAGCAUAAGAAUGCUCAUGUCAAUGAACAUGCAUAUCAUGAUCAACAUAGGUCUCGAUAGCAUGCACGUUCAUCACUCGUAAACAGCAUUUUAAUAAACGUUGAAUAUUUUUGACUAGUAUACCAGGUGGUGUUGUGCGCUGAAGGUAACAUCGGAUUGUAUGCGUUUGGAAGUUCUCACUUGGCGAUAGAUAGCGCAAAACGGGCAUUAUAACUAGGUGGUCUCUCAUGCAUAUUCGCAUCUCGUUGUUCACGGACUUCAGGAAAUGCCGCUACUAAUGGAAAAAAGUUGAUUGAUCUGCUUUUCGUGGAUUUCUCUACUGCGCCACAGUAGUGUAAUAUCUGUACCUUUGAGGAAUAAAUAUGAAUAUCGCUAUCCUCUUCCUUAUUGCAUAACUGAACUGGAUCUAGACUAAGAACUGAAUGCAAUCCCAAAGGAACUGAAAGGAGAUUCAUUUUUGAUCGACAAAGCUAAAUACUCGCAUCCGCAAGUGCCCUUAGCUUCAAGCGGCGCGGGAUGUAACAUAUAUUGAUGCAUCAAUUUUAGUUUCACUGACGAAGCAGGUGUCAGCACUAGAGCAAGCACGGCGACGAAUUUCAAAGGAUGUUCUGCUUCCAUAAAAAAUUUUCCAUGCAUAAGAAAUGUUGAUAUUCUUCAGGCUGAGCAGGCACAUCUUCGAGAAUCUAGAAUCUAAGGUUAGAUUCGAUCACGCUAUUUCAAACGGAUUCACAUCGAUCCUAAAAAAAUCUUAAGUAAAUUAUCGAUAUCCCUUUCUACAAAUGAGGAGCAUUUCAUGGAGUGGAGGAAAGAAACCCGCGAUAAGCGAAAACAUAGAAUGCUCUGGUGAAUCCGAAUUGGUCAAAUUUCUAAUGAUCUAGCAGCAGGUUGUAGUACUCCGACUAUGCGAUCCCUAAUCUAUAUCUGAAGACAUCUUCUUCGGUCAUGAUGCUCUCCUGG